UAAUAAUAUGCACAUUGUUCAUCGAUACUUGUACAUUGCUUGUGCUGAGAAUACUCUCCUAAGUUGCUUUUACCCACCAUCAUCUUUCUUCUUCCCCAUUUCCUUCUUCAAGAAAUAAGCUUUCGAGAAAUGGAGAGUUGCAGAGAGCCCAAGAUGGGUUUUUGUCUUCUCUUCCUGCUUUUACUCCACUUACAACUUCUCCCCGAUUCCUCCGCCGUCGGAUCGGCUCCGUUGCCGGAAUAUCGAGCCCUCCUCUCCUUGAAAACUGCCAUCACCGACGACCCACAAUCCACUCUCUCUUCAUGGAAGAUCUCUACUAGUCACUGCACUUGGUUUGGUGUUACUUGCGACUCCAAUCGUCAUGUCAUCGCCUUAAACGUUUCUGGACUUAACCUCACCGGAACUCUUUCUUCCGACAUCGGAAACCUUCGCAAUCUCGUUAACUUCACCGUCGCUUCCAACAACAUUGUUGGGCCUAUCCCUCCGGAGCUUUCUUUGAUUUCUGGGCUUCGUCUUCUAAACCUGUCUAACAACAUCUUCAAUGAAACCUUUCCCCGAGAACUUGCUAGCCUCAAGUUUCUCCAAGUGCUUGACCUUUACAACAACAACUUGACCGGAGAUCUUCCUGUUGUUGUGUCGGAAAUGACAAACCUUCGUCAUCUCCACCUUGGCGGAAACUAUUUUUCUGGGAUUAUUCCGGUGGAAUACGGCCGAUUUCCUACGCUCGAAUACCUAGCGGUUUCCGGAAAUGAACUCACUGGAGCUAUCCCGCCGGAAAUCGGAAACCUAACAAACCUCAAAUAUCUCUACAUCGGCUACUUCAAUAAUUUCACCGGCGGUAUUCCUCCGGAAAUUGGUAACUUAUCAAACCUCAUUCGCUUCGACGCCGCCAACUGUGGCCUCACCGGAGAAGUUCCUUCUGAACUUGGUAAACUUCAAAACCUAGAUACACUCUUUUUACAAGUAAAUGGGCUCUAUGGAUCUCUACCGAAAGAGCUCGGAACUUUAAAAAGCUUGAAAUCAAUGGAUCUUUCAAACAAUAUAUUCACCGGAGAAAUACCCGAUUCCUUCCUCAACCUCCUCAACCUCACCUUACUAAACCUGUUUCGUAACAAACUCCACGGCUCAAUACCAGACUUCAUCGGUGAAUUGCCGGAGCUAGAAGUCUUGCAGCUGUGGGAAAACAACUUCACCGGAAGCAUUCCGCAAGGUCUUGGAAAGAACGGGAAGCUGCAAAUACUUGAUCUGUCUUCAAAUAAAUUAACCGGCGAACUUCCGCCUAAUUUGUGCACCGGAAACAAGCUUCAAACCCUAAUCACAUUGGGAAACUUCUUGUUUGGGCCGAUACCAGCGUCCCUUGGUGAAUGCCAAUCGUUAAAUCGAAUCAGAAUGGGGGAUAAUUUUCUCAACGGUUCGAUUCCGAAAGGGAUGCUCAGUUUGCCUGAACUCUCGCAGGUUGAGCUUCAAAAUAACCUCCUCACCGGUGAAUUCCCGGCGACCAAUUCUGUUUCAAUCAGCCUCGGUCAGGUGAGUUUAUCCAAUAACCAUCUCUCCGGUCCGUUACCUCCUACCAUUAGUAACUUUUCCGGCGUUCAGAAACUUUUGCUCGAUGGUAACCAAUUUACAGGUCCUAUUCCGUCUGAAAUAGGGAAGCUACAACAACUAUCAAAGAUUGAUUUCAGUGGCAACAGCUUCUCCGGCGAAAUUGCACCGGAGAUCAGCCAGUGUAAGCUGUUAACAUACGUGGAUCUUAGCCGGAACCAGCUUUCCGGUGAGAUUCCUACUGAACUCACAGGAAUGCACAUUCUCAAUUACUUGAAUGUAUCACGAAAUCAUUUGGUAGGCAACAUUCCGACCUCAAUAGCAUCAAUGCAGAGUCUAACAUCUGUUGAUUUCUCCUAUAACAGUCUUUCCGGCAUGGUUCCAGGCACCGGCCAGUUCAGCUACUUCAACUACACUUCAUUUUUAGGAAACCCAGAUCUCUGUGGACCAUUUUUAGGACCUUGUAAAGAUGGAGUCGCCAAUGGGACCCAUCAACCACAUUCAAAAGGAACACUCUCACCUUCAACCAAGCUUUUUCUCGUUAUCGGCCUGCUUCUCUGUUCAAUAGUAUUUGCAGUUGCAGCAAUCAUUAAAGCUCGAUCUCUAAAGCGAGCCAGUGACGCACGAUCAUGGAAGCUCACAGCUUUCCAGCGACUAGACUUCACCUGCGAUGAUGUUCUCGAUAGCUUAAAGGAAGACAACAUCAUCGGAAAAGGAGGAGCCGGAAUCGUUUACAAAGGAGUGAUGCCAAACAACGAGCUUGUCGCUGUGAAACGAUUACCAGUCAUGAGCCGUGGUUCAGCCCAUGAUCAUGGUUUCAACGCCGAGAUUCAAACCCUAGGGAGGAUUAGACACCGAUACAUCGUAAGAUUACUUGGAUUCUGUUCAAAUCACGAAACGAAUCUCCUGGUUUACGAGUAUAUGCCAAACGGAAGCUUAGGAGAAAUGCUUCACGGAAAAAGAGGCGGCCAUUUGUAUUGGGAUACAAGAUAUAAAAUCGCCAUCGAAUCUGCAAAAGGACUUUGUUAUCUCCAUCAUGAUUGUUCACCAUUGAUCCUCCAUCGUGAUGUUAAAUCCAACAACAUCCUUCUAGAUUCCAAUCUCGAAGCCCAUGUUGCCGAUUUUGGUCUUGCUAAAUUCUUACAAGAUUCUGGCACAUCUGAAUGCAUGUCCGCCAUUGCUGGUUCUUACGGGUAUAUUGCACCAGAAUAUGCAUACACAUUAAAGGUUGAUGAGAAAAGCGAUGUAUAUAGCUAUGGUGUAGUCCUAUUGGAACUGGUCACCGGGAGAAAACCGGUUGGGGAAUUUGGUGACGGCGUUGACAUCGUUCAGUGGGUGAGAAAGAUGACCGGAGGUAACAAAGAACGGGUUUCAAAGAUUGUGGAUCCGAGAUUACCCAAUGCCCCGACCCAUGAAGUGAUGCAUGUGUUUUAUGUGGCAUUGCUUUGUGUUGAAGAACAAGCGGUGGAAAGGCCUACCAUGAGAGAAGUUGUUCAGAUCUUGACGGAGCUUCCAAAGGGAGGAGAUGCGGUGGCAGCCACCACCGGUGGUGGUGGUGGCGACUCAAUGGAUUCACCUAUUUUGGCGGCGGUUACAGUGGAAUCACUCGAGAGUGGUGUUGACAACAGGGAACAAAACCAGCUUCGUGAUCUUUUAAGCGUAUGAAAUAAGAAUGUUGGGUUGGGGUUUUUGUGUUAUUUGUUUAGUUUUUGAAUGUGAUUUGUAUAUGGUAGGAUUGAGUUUAUGGUAAUUAAGCAGUGUUUUCAUAUGGUUGGAUGUUUUUAAAUGAAAUGGAAUAUAAGAUUCAGGCGAAAACGUUAUUUAAA